AAACCAUUUUUGUUGAUCAAAAAAGUGACAAGAGUAAGAAUGAAAUAAAAAGAUUAUAUCAACGCGCAAAAAUAUUGUUUGAUUUUGUCGCACCUCAAGAAUAUGGUAUUGAAAAUAAAGAUAAACUCUUGAUCGGAAUUUUAUUAUCAGAUUCGUUGUUAAAGAGUAUCAUAGAAAAUUUAGAGGAAUCUAAAUCAAGUUUAAAUCCAUGCACAAGAUUAUAUUUUACAAAAGAAUCUCAUGUACAUACUCUUCUAAAUGUUGUGUUUUUAUCUGGUCUUCCCACAAGGAUUCCCAGGAAAGAUGUUCCAGAACUUGAUUAUCUCACCCAAAUAACAUUUGAACUCUAUGAACGUCAACGCGGUUUGCCCGGCGAUAAGGAAUAUUCUUUGCGUGUGGCAUUUAGUCCUGGAGCUCAUGAUCCAAAUAUCUUGGAUUUACAAUUAGAUGCUCGACAUUGCUUGAUCGUAGCGCCAAGAAAAAAUCUUACCGAUCAUUUACCCUUGGACGAGGCACUCUCUUAUUAUAAAACUAUAGUAUAUAACUCACCCGCAAGUGUUAUUUCGGGGCCAGUUAAACAGAAUGUUCAAGAGUCGCUUUCGUCAUCUCCUUUCUUUGAUGUAUUUCAAUUUAGUAAAUCUUUUUAA